AUGGUGGACCUCAUGUUCCGCGACGAGAGCCACGAUGUCAUCAAAAAGGCAACCUCGGCCAAGCCGCGCAUCAAGAAGCUGAAACAUGGCGGACGGGCCGCUCCGAAGCUAGCCACGGCGCCUCAGAUCGCGCCACCAAGCCCGCCGUCGCCAUCGUCGGGGCCUCUCGUCAUCCGCGAUAGUCCUCGGCCGUCGUCCAAGGCUUUGGGUCCCCUGAAGCGUCGCUCCAAGAAGUCGCCUCUUCUGUCCGUCCUGCUGGCAGGCCCGUACACCGACAGAGAUGGCUUUGACGAGGACGACUGGGUCACCCAUACGUAUCCCUACGAAUAUGAACGCAUUGUUCGUCGCGGCCGUCGCCACGAGGACUAUGAUUAUGACGACGACGACUACUACGACUUCGACUUGGAUCCUGCUGGCGACGCUGUGGUCCAUAUCCCCUAUGCACCAUCCGUCUCUCUCCAAGAGCGUGGCACCGCCUUCUUCUUCUCUCGCUAUGUGGCCACAGAUCUUGGCUGCUAUCAAAACUACGACUUCAUCUACGACAUCUGGAAGCCCCCCACCAUGAGCCGGCCUCGCAGAUUCGAAAUCCCCCCUCAGGCUCCCCCCAUCAAGCGAUCGGAUGCCCUCAUCUCUGCCGGUAUGACGGCCGUGGGCCUCGUCGGUCUCUCCAAAAUCACUGGUGACAGGGAGACCAUGUUGCGCGCCCAGCAGAGCUACGGCGCCGCUCUCCAGCUGGCCAACGCCGCCCUCCGAGACCCAAAAGAAGCUGUAGAGGACAGUACCAUGCUCGGCGUUCUUAUCCUCGGCACGUAUGAAUUCAUCUCCGGACGCACCCCGCAAACGCUCCACGCUUGGCAGGAACACAUCAACGGUGCCGCUACGCUCGCCACCCUGAGAGGCCAAGACCAGUUUCACACAAAGGCUGGCGUCAGAAUGUUCACCAUGCUGUGCCACUCUGUGCUCAUCAGCUGCAUCCAGAGCGGCCUGCCCAUGCCGAAAGCCAUUGUGGACCUGCGGAACGAACUGCGAAACGUCGCGGACAGCAAGCUGCCGGCGUGGCGUGUCAUUGAUCCCCUGUACAAGGCCCUUCAGAUUCGACACGACAUUAAGCAUAGGCGCAUCACCGGCAUGGACGACAUCAUUGGCAGUCUCGUUGAAAUCGAGGAUGAGUUUGAGAUGCUCAUUCGGGGACUGCCGCCGUCUUGGCGUUACCAGAAUGUCAGCCUCACCAAAUCCAACCCUGCCAUCAUGGGCCCUUCGUGCCACGUCUAUCCGGGCCUCACGCAGGCCACUUCCUGGAACGCAGUACGGACCAUGAGGAUACUGGUCCAGGAGACGAUACUGGAGCAGCUGUGCUACAGCGUAGAGGAUCCUACGACUCUUCCAAUGCACCAUCAGUUGCAUCUUGUCAAGGCCAUGAAGAUGCUGCGCAAGCUCGGCGAGGCUGUCGUCGGCAGCGUCCCUCAGCACUUUGGCAUCGUCAGCUCUCGGGACGUCAAGUACAAUAAGAAUAAAGGGGCAACUCGGCCUACCGUUACCGCCCAGAAUCAGCCCUCGACCAUUGUGUCGGCGCCUCUCUUGCCGCCGGCUCUCGGGAGAGAUGACAGCAAAUCUCCCGUCCCCGCAUGGCAGCGAGAGAGUGUAACGACGCGACCGACGUUGCUGGAUCCGACGCAGUCUGAGCUGGGCAACGGCCGAAGCGACUCGGAACGGUUCUUGACCCUGGCUACGGCUAGCAACACCAUCAUCUGGCCUCUGUAUACGCUCGGCCUAUCGUCGUCUUGCACUCACGAGACGAGUGCCUACAUUGUCGAUAGACUCAUGUCAAUCUAUCGCGAGACGGGCUUGGAGCAGGCCAGAGUUGUGGCAGGCAUGAUGCAGAACAGGCAAGAGUCGUUGACUUGGGCCAGCAUCCCAACCACUCGUCUGCCAUCUUUGCCCGAAGAUGCAUUGCCUCUUGUUGUGUAG